ACUAUGCAUUGGUGCGUAAAAUUCGACUGCAGGCACUACCACCAGAGGGCGGCGUGACAAGAGUGGUGGGGCCCGGCAUGUGCGACGCUUCGGCGUCGCACGGAGCCGAGCGACGCCGCCGACGUCGACGUCUGUCUCACGGCGUCACUUCGCUGAUGUACGCGGCACAACAGGGCGACGCCGAUCACGUGCGCCACCUCGUCCGUACGCAGCCUCGCCGUCUGCUGGACCAGGACCGUACCGGCAAAACGGCGCUGCACUAUUGCUGCACCAGCGACAGCAACAGGGCAGCGCAAGCAGCUGACCUGCUGACCAUGGCAGCGCCAGACCUGAUGGAAUCCAGAGACGAAGACGGAUUCACGCCGCUUCAUUUGGCUGUGAUUGCUGGCAACACUCAGCUGGUCAGCUUCCUGCUAGCUAAUGGCGCUGAUGUCGCUGCUGUUGACAAUGAGAAACACACCGUAGUCCAUUGGGCAACAGUUGAUCUAUGGGUUUGUGCGCUGAUCUUCCGCUGUGCGUUACGCUAG